UCGGAGGUCGAUCGAUCGCGUUGAGUCGGUUCGUUAAAGUGGGGUCCCGGGAUUUUUUUAGUUUUCGGAUUUAUUCCUCUUGGAGCGCGCGCGCGCCAGCUUUUGGAAUUUUCUCGUAGAACGACGAUCAGAAGAGUCAAUAAACCUGACCCCGAGGGAUUUCGUGGAACCUGUCUGCUGCGGUUCUGUUUGGAUAAGUGCUGUUUGGCCGCUGAUGAUGAUGAAGCUACCAGCUUAACUGGAUGACUUCAGUACCAUGCCCGGUGUAUUAGAUCAUCGAUCGAUUGGUUCAGAGCUGUGAAGAAGUCGUUUUGAAGUCGACAGCUCAGUUCAGUUAGUGGUGUUGUGACUUGUGACCCCCUUCAUUAGUGAGAUUGUUAGCGAACAUAUUCAUGUUUUUGGAGUGCUUUUUGAACAAAUACUAGUGUUGAACAAAUAUGUUAAAGUGUCUAACAAAUGGACAUUUGAAGAAAGGUCGAUUGUUCGAAACCCUAAUUCGUACAAUUUCCAAAAACUGUGUUACCAUUUUGGAACUGUUAUAAUUAAAAGUGAAAACUCGUUUAAGUGAAACCGUUUGUUAAAUGAUGCCUGAAAGUCGAAAGGAUAUGUGCCAGUGACAUCACAUCGAGCUAAAGUCGUAUUGCGUCCAGCUUCAUCAAAAUUAAGUAAAAAGGAAAACCAACGCAACAAACAAGUUCUCUCGAAGGUGAAAAGCAAAAAUUUUCUGGUUCCGGUUAUUCCAGUACGUGCUUGAUUUUGUAUGUGUGUAUUCGUCGAGUUGCAUUCCUGUUUGACAUGAAUCUGAAGCCCCCGUGUACCAAAAACUUGAUUCAAUCGGGAAAUAUGUCAUGGAAGCUUCUCGUUUAAAUGGUGAAUAAGAGUUGAAAAAAAGUGCUACCAAAAACGGAAUAGCUUUCGUUAGUUUGGAUGGAAUUUCAUUUUCACAUUCACCGUUUUUAGAUUUUUUAUGAGUAAAAAAAGUGUUGACCUGUGAGUUGUUCUGGCUUCAUCCGAAACAAGAACACGAUCCGUUGAGGAUCGAGGGCUCAGUUUUUUCAAUCGAGCUCAAGUUGAGCCACAAAAAAACUGCAACCUUUGGAGCUUACAAACAACAACAUCAACUAAAAAAAAAAGUGAACGUGAAGAGUAGUGAUUUGAGGUGUCUUCGACCCAGCACCGGUUUUCAGCUACCGUCUUAGCCAUCGACGUCGUCGUCGUCUCAAUCGUCGUCCGGCCCGGUGUCUGAUUUAUAGCCGGUGGCGAUUUUUAGAAGGGUGCUGUUGUUCACGGUCGCCAUACACUGGUAGAAUGGCUCCCGUAAGUCGUACCUAGGAGAAGGAGCACGAGAAGAGGGAAGAAAAAAAAUACAUAAUCGCAAAUCAAAAAACCCAUUCUCAAGUUGGGUCGCCGGUGCCGGAGUUUGUGAUCACCAAACGCCAAACACAUCUCUCCCUUCUGGUGCGAACCUUUGCGGGCUCCCAGUUCGUGGAAGCGAAAUAUUGAUUGGUCGAGUGACAAGUCUUGGUGGCGAUCGGCGUGAUUCGAAUUUGAAAUUUGCGGCUACCUGCUUCGCGGAAGCUUGGGCAAAGUUUUCGUUCGAAGGCAGUUGAAAAAGACCGUUUAUCAAAUAUGGGCAGAAUAGUACUGAAGUGAUUGUGCUGUGAAAAAAAACGGACAAAGGAUUCGCAAAGCGCGCGUCCGUGUCCCGCGGCUUGGCUUGGGUUUUCUCGUGAACUGUGCAGCAAAUUAAAAUUCGAGCCACCGUGUGAAGUGAAUUUUGCACUAAUUGAGUGCACAUUAUAUGAACGUACUGCUGCUGUACAGUGAUACCGUGCGAAAUCGUAUCAACGAAUGAUUCCCCCACCGUGGGUGAUUUAGUGCCGUCCCAUUUAAAGGGAGAAUUUUAAUCAGUGCAGCAAAAGUGAACCAUCCUGGUUAAAAAAGUUACCCCCACGAUCUGUCGCAGCUUCUUUGGAAGAAUUCGCCAGAAAUUGGCCAUAAAAAGUGCGUUUUUUUUGUGUGUCAAACCAAUAGAACCCGGCGAGUGCUGUGUGGUUUGAUCAAACCCGUACAGUGUGCUGCUGUGAACAGCUGAUUUGGAGCUGCAAAAAACCGUGUGGCUUGUGCUGCAGUCGUCGGACCAUCGCAGCUUGUUCUGCUACCAAUCAUCAGUCGGCAGCUAAGUACCAUUUUCUAUUUUGUGUGUUCAGAGAGUCUGUGGGGGGUUGUUGCAUGAAACUCCACAGUCUGGCAUUUGUAACCUUAGGAUUUCCGGAUAAAGUGAUUGGAAUUUGGAAACCCUUUAUCCGUACGAAUUGAAGUGGGUCGGUUGUCGAAAUCUUGCUGAUUUUAGUCCUGUAAUCAGCCUGGGCGAUUGCGUUGAGCUGUAAACAUUUUGCGAGACGUCGAGUCGAUUUCGGUCUGUCAUAGUGGAAAUUGUGCAAAAAGUGAGAAAAAGUGCAAAGUGGUAGUCGCCUAACUGGAACUGCUGAAAGUGUAAAGUGAAAAGUGGUAAUCAUGCGCGAUUUGAGAGAGCUCUACAAGCUAGAGGCCAACCUGUGUCGCACUUUCGAGACAGUGCGACGGUUUAUUUCGAGUGCAAACACAAGUGCUGUGCGUAGUGAACUUAUCGGUGUACGCAUUGAACGCCUGGACGAUGCGUUCAAGCAGUUUCAGUUAGUGCGUGCGGAAAUCGAGCUGCAGACCGACCAGGUGACCGGGGUGGAUGAUCCUGACGAAGAGCUGUCGCUGAUCAACGCACGGGCUGAGGAGAAUUACCACAUUGCCACGGAAAAAGAGGACGAUUACUGUAACCUGAAGGGUGAGCUGUUACGCCUCCAGUCGUCUGCCAGCAGAGCGGAAAAUGAUGGUCAGACUUCAACUACCAGUACCCAGAACUCGAUCGAAUCGUCAGCGAGUUUGGCCCGAGUGAAGCUGCCCGAGAUUCGCCUGCCAAGCUUCGAUGGACAAAUUAAUCACUGGAUUACUUUUCGGGACUCAUUCGACAGCUUGAUCAACUCCAAUCACCAGCUCACGCAGAUGGACAAGUUUACAUACUUACGUUCCGCGCUGACAGGGGGAGCGCUUCAGGAUGUGAGCUCGAUUGAGCUUUCAGCAGCUAACUACGAGAUAGCAUGGGCUGCCUUGAAAAACCGCCACGAAAAUCGCAAGCUGAUAGUAAAGACAUACGUCAAAGCGCUUUUUAAUGUCGCGGCCAUGCGCAAGGAGAGCUACGAAGAGCUGAGUAAGCUGAUUGGCGAUUUUGAAAAGAAUCUCCAAAUGCUGCAAAAGAUUGGUGAAUCAUCCGAAGGUUGGAGCACUCUGCUUGUUCAUAUGGUCUGUGUUCGUUUGGACCCGUCGACGUUACGGCACUGGGAAACGCACCACAAUUCCCGAGAAGUGCCCAAGUUUCAGGAGAUGAUGCGUUUUUUGAGAGACCACUGUUGCAUUUUACAAACGCUUGCGCAUCAACCAACAGCUGUGGAUUUCCAAGUCAAUCGGCCGAGGUUCGGAGUAAGCCAUCCCAGUGUUCAGUUUUCUAAAAGGUGUCCAUUUUGCGGUAACGAGUUCCACUCUGCCUUCCAGUGUAUAAAAUUCCUCAAGUGUACAGUAGAAGAACGCAGUGAUUUAGUAAAAAGGGCCCGACUGUGCCUGAACUGUUUAUCCCCCGGUCAUAUGGCUCGUAUCUGUAGCAGAGGCUCAUGCCAUCAUUGUGGAUCGCGCCAUCAUUCGCUAUUGCAUCCAGACCCAGUAUCCUCCGUCUCGCAAAUCCCUAGGAAUUCGUCGCCGUCGGUACGUCAAGCUACGCAAUCCCCACCACCAUCUCCGUCAUCCCAACCGAUCCCUUCUACUAGCCAACUUCCCAGACCACAAACCUCCACAUCGUUUCCGGUUACACAAAUGCCAGACUACUCUGCAGACAUCUCUGAAGUCACACCACACACAAUCGCACUGCCCACACGAACACACACACCAUCACGCCAAGUGCUGCUGUCGACGGCCGUCGUAAGCAUCCAAGACCAGUCAGGAAACUUCCGGCAAGCCAGAGCCCUGUUAGACUCUGGCUCACAGUUAAACUUCAUCACCACGACAUUCUGCGAAAGUUUGAAGCUUCAGAGAUCCUCCUAUAACAUUACCGUACAAGGAAUCGGUGGGUCAACAGUCAACAGUCUCGAAACAGCAGGUGACGGCAUCCGUUUUUCCCCGUUGCUCGAAAAUAUCUUCGUUUGGCUCUUCGAUGACUUUUUCCGUUCUUCCUGAGAUAACAACUACACAACCAGCCAGCCGUGUUCCGUGCAGUAUACCAGAGAAUCUAGUGCUGGCUGAUCCCAACUUCCAUGAGCCAGGAAAAAUUGACAUCAUCAUUGGUGCUCAGGCCUUCUACGAUCUGCUUUCCGAUGGUCGAUUCAAGAUGUCUGAUCAUGGUCCCAGCCUACAGAAUUCCGUUUUCGGUUGGAUCGUGUCAGGCACUAUUCCAAAACAGAAAACGUCCAGAGGUUUUCAAAAAAGAUUCCAGUUGAAGUCCAAAUCAUCCAGCCCAAUGUCAACUCCUCGUUUUACUGACGGUGUAAUUCGUGUCGGCGGCCGGUUGCAAUAUGCACCAAUUACGAUGAUCCACUCCCAAAACAACAAGUUUCAUCAUUUGCAAAGAGGCAAACAGACGACGCCAGUCUGAGCAGGGUUCCAGCACCAAAGCCUUCAGGGGUGACGCGGUUGCGAUCGGACGGGUCGAACCUGUCACCCCACCGCUAACCUUCGUUAAGUACCCAUUCAAUUCGAAAGUCCAGUACGGACAUUUACCCGUUCUUUCGUCACAGGUUGCGGUUCGUCGUGUUGGAACUCCUCAACUCAUCUCAAGCCCUUCUAACGUAGCAGCAGCAGGAGCAGUAGCAACAGCAACAACCAUUUUCAUCAUCACAUCAUCAUCAAAAUCUUCAGUGCUUCCGGUGUAGACCGAAAGCGUUUUAAUCCUCCAUCUGUUGCAAUCGUGCAACCAGACGCCAUUUGUCUGAGCCGGGAUCCAGCUCUAAAGCAAUCGGGGGUGACGCGGUCGCGAUCGGACGGGUCGGACCUGUCACCCCACCACCGCCAUCUGUUAAGUACCCGUAAAAUUCCGAUGUCCAGUUCGGACAUUUAUCCGUUUUUUCUGAACAGGUUGCGGUGCGUCGAGCUGGAACUUCCUGUCCUUUCCCAUGUACAAGCAGCAGUCAGCGCAGUACCAUCGAGAAGCUCAACAUGCAGCCGUGUGGAUCUCAGUAGCGUAGAAUUGUAGUUUAAAGUAUUUGAAAUUCCCUAGUAUUUCAAGGCGGCCGGUAUGUUCGCACAAAUUAAUAGACACCGUACUUCUGGGUGUACUCGCGCCACACCACAUUUUCACAACACGUCUAUUCCGCGCAGCUUCAUCUAAAACCAACGACUUUUGGUCACUUCGCUGGAUGACCGAACAUCCGCACAAAGCGGAGAGAGAAAAUCUCAAUCAAUUGGUCUGUAGUAACGAAUGCGCGCAGUUGUACCUAUUGUACUGAUCAUUCCCGUAGUCGUCCGUCGGUCGCAAUAAAUCAAUUAUUAUAUCGCAUUUUGUAGCUUUUUCAAUCGCAUCAUUAAACGGAAGUGAAAACUGAAACAUAGAUUUGAAUUUACAACUCAAAUCCGAAACCCUCGUAAAA